CGUACCUUCUUUUUCAUCAUCUCACUGCGGCAUGAAAGUGACUCAAAAUACGAAAUGAAUUCAGAAACUUGAAUAAUAAAGUUCCCAAUUAAAAAGCGUAGCUAUUUGAGAGCGAGUUGGUGAUUUGAGGUUCUAGGUUUUAAGUGGAAGACAAUGAAGAAUAGUGAAAUGUCGGCAAUCCUAUGAAGGGUAUAUCGUCCAUAGCUGCAAUAUCAUCUUCUCCAAUCCUUCUUCUGAGAAUUGGCUGUGCUGAUGAUUCUGGAUGGAGCUAUCGCUCUCCAAGAAUUGAAGCAAAGAAGAACAAUAACAAACACCAGCAUCCAUCUUCUCCUAAGGGUUCAGAGCCUCCUAGGAUUACAUCAAGUUUGAAGCAGAACAUGCGUUAUUUGAGAUUACUGAAGGAAAUGGAAAGGAGAAGAUCUAAAUGUGCAAAGCCUGCUACUAGUUAUCGUAAAAAGAAGGCAGAGAAGGAAAAACUUCCAAAAGAUAUGGAGCUCUUUAGAGAUCCCUUUCCCAGUCUUUACUUAACAAAUCAGGUGGUAGGCAUUGCAAUUCCUGUCUUGCUUGUUGACGGUUAUAAUGUGUGCGGCUUUUGGGCUAAGUUGAAAAAACAUUUCAAGAAUGGACGGCUAGACAUUGCUCGGCAAAAACUUAUUGAUGAACUGGUCACAUUCAGCAUGGUUAGAGAGGUAAAAGUGGUUGUUGUUUUUGAUGCUAUGAUGUCUGGGAUGCCUAUGCAUAGUGAAACCUUUGUUGGAGUUGAUGUGGUUUAUUCAACCGAAACUUGUGCUGAUGCAUGGAUUGAGAAAGAGGUUUCAGCUCUGAGGGAGGAUGGCUGCCCAAAAGUUUGGGUUGCGACGUCUGACAAAAAUCAACAACAUGCAGCGUAUGGAGCUGGAGCUUUUAUUUGGAGUUGCAAAGCAUUGGUAUCUGAGAUCAAAGCUGCACAUGAGGAGCUUGAGUCGAUGUUGCAAGAGCAUAGAUCUACAUCCAUGCAAGGAAAAUUGCUGAAACACAAUCUUGAUUCCCAUGUAGUGAAUGCUCUCAAGGAUCUUAGAGACAAGCUUCCUUAAAAUCACUCGCGCCGCUCAUAUGUUGUUUGAUUUCUUUCUCUCAGACUACUUAACUCUAUAAGAAUGCAAGUCUUUAGUCAAUUUGCAGGCUUAGCUCUUUCAAGUGAGUUAAGUCUCAACUCUCACAUUGAUCCCCCACCUCUCCCCAUUCUUCACAUCACAUGACUUGUUAUUAUUUCUAUCAUUUUUUUUUCUAUAUAAGGUCUUGUUUGGAAAUUGGUUGUUUGCAGUAAUCUAAUUGUUGAUUGUGUUAGUUAUUUGAGUGGACUGGUUAUAUAUGGAGUAUAUGGGGUAUUUACAAAAAAAAUGCUCAAAGAUUAU